UCAGAUUUAAAAACUUUAUUUCUUUACCUUUAUCAAUUGUAUAACUGUUCUAGAACUAAGGUCAUUGUAGAGUUGAAAAGUUCAAUAUACCAUCAGCCGAGUCCACUCCCGCGCCAGCUGUCGACAGAAUAUGGACAACAUGGGGUUAAGACGCGGUCGUGUGGAAAACUACGGUUUGCCCGGAUUGAGACAUUCAUCGUUACGUAAUGGAUGUACGUUAAGAAAUAUAUCUGAAUUGCCUAGCGUGAGUGGAAGCGUGGAAAUUCACAAUCAAAGCAACAUGAACAACUUGCGGAAAGUAAGUAACAGCAGCAGUCUUCAGGGCAUGAUGACAUAUCACAUGGAAGAAGAUGAUCAAGUAAAAGAGAGAAGUAAUCUUAUAUCACAUAAGGGUGUCAGAUUUAUAAAAAAGACCGGACAUUGCAAUGUUAGCCAUUCAAAUUUAACAGACAAACCACGAAGGUUUAUCGCAGAUAUUUUUACAACUGGUGUUGAUUUAAAAUGGAGAUGGAACCUUUUUGUAUUUAGUGCUGCGUUUGUUGUAAGUUGGAUUUGUUUUGCUCUUGUCUUUUGGUUGAUAUCAUAUCUUCAUGGUGAUUUUGCCGUUCGAGCUGCGAAUGAAUCUUUUACACCCUGCGUUAACAACCUUGAUAUAAAUCAUCCUUUCACUUCUUCAUUUCUAUUCUCCUUGGAAACACAAACUACCAUAGGAUACGGAUUCCGGGUAGUAACAGAGGAAUGUCCAUUCACUGUCUUUAUGGUUGUUGUACAGUCUGUAUUCGGAUGCAUUCUUGAUGCUUUUAUGAUUGGUCUCAUUAUGGCAAAAAUUUCAAGACCAAAGAAAAGAGCAGAAACUUUGAUGUUCAGCAACAAGGCCGUCAUUAAUAUGAGAGAUGGCCAAUUAUGUUUGAUGGUGCGAGUUGGAAACUUAAGAAAAAGUCAUCUUGUUGAAGCAACCAUCAGGAUGCAAUACAUUCAUUCACGAGAAACUCUUGAAGGAGAAUUCAUUCCCCUUGAACAAAUAGAUCUUCACUUGGAUCUAAAGAAUGAUUCUGAUCGACUUUUUCUUGUAACCCCACAAACAAUUUGUCAUCCAAUUGACGAGAACAGUCCACUGUGGGAGCUUAAUGCAGAGGAUCUACCUCAUGCGAAUUUUGAGGUAAUCCUCAUCUUAGAGGGCAUGGUGGAAGCCACAGGCAUGACAACUCAGGCAAGAGCAUCAUAUCUUCCAAAUGAAAUUCUAUGGGGUCAUCGGUUUCAGAAUAUGAUUUCAUUUACCAGGAACAAUGGAUAUAAAGUCAACUUUGGGAAAUUUAACAAGACAUAUAUGACACCAAACUCGCCUCAUCAAAGUGCAAAAUACUUGAGUUGUGCAUCCAAUUCAGAAAUGAAUACUUUGGUGGAAUCUUCAAUGAACAACAACAAGAAAAAUAGACAAGCAGACAGCGAAAGCUCAAGUAUUAGAAGUUCAAUCCACAGUCACCAACAUGAUCCAUCAUCCAGUGCAUCAGAUGGUAAAGACUCAGGUUAUACUGCAGUGGAAGAUUUAACAAGAGCUUAUAGUUCACAAACACUGAACACAGAGAACAACAAAGUGUUAACUUCGACCACUUCAUUAUCUGACGAAUCUGAAGACAAUAAAACUGUUUCCGAGUCAGAGCGUAUGGGCUCACUUGUAAAUUCGAGGAAAUCUUUGCCGUCGUCAGAACUCCUGGUUGACGUCGCCGAAGAAAUAAGUCCGGGAAAAGGUGCGACGCUGGUUCGUGUGGGCGAAAUAGAGCUGCACAAAGCGCCAUCUAACGGCUCGCUUAAAACGUCGUCAUCGUUCCGAAGCGCGAUCAAUAAAUCCAACCCUCAGUACAGUGACGUUACAGUCCAACAAGCGAAAUCUUCCGACGACAUCAGACUAUUAUUGAUGCGCGGUCGCUCGGGAGAUGAGCAAUUGGCACAAAGUAACGCCGAAAAAUCUUUUAUCGAGUGCGAAAACAAUGCUCUUUGCGUGUAAAUAGUAAGCGUUGUAAAACAUGAUCAAUUGCUACCUACUUAAAUUCAAGGUGAAAUUGCUUCCAAAAACUUCCCAUGACCUUUGUGUAUACAUUACCGGAAAGUGUUACCUGAUAAUCACCAACAAAGCAACAUGGUGAACCGAAGAAUAUGCAACACACGCAAAAUGAUCAAAACGUUUUCCAAAAGUCCCUUCGAAAAUAUCAUACACCGUCGGAAGUGAAAUGUGCCUUUCUGUUAAUUCCGUUUUUAAUUCGCGUGCGUCUUUUUUGUGCCUUUCGUCCACGUCAUAUUUGUGUUUCGUAAUAGGUUAGCAGCGUUAGCUGACGUUUUCAUGUGACAUUGGCUGAAAGUUUGAUAAUAAAAGAAAAUCAUUCAAAUCUAAAAA